AUGCCAUCCGACGAUGAACCAUCAUUUGAGGCGAAACUUUUUCGUCCCAUAAUCCUUGCCGGCACACUUCUCUUAUUUGUAAUCCCAUCUCUUUUCACUUUGGCAAUCUUUUGGAAUCGAAAGAAGAUUAAAUCUUCAUCAUAUUUUUUGCCACAAAAAAAAUUCAAGCGAUCGAUCAUUGAUUUAAAGCCGAUAGCUGGAGCCGCGGAGACGAUUGUGCAAAAUGUUCAAAAUCAAAUCAUUAACCCAAAUUAUGAAGUGAAUUCGGAAAGGAUAAAAGCCGAUCCGAGUGAUGAACAACAAGUGCUCGGUCGUGGCUGCUUUGGUGUGGUUGUCAAAGGGACAUUUGAUGGGAAAAAGGCGGCCAUAAAAUGCGCAAAAGAUGUGAACAUAGGAUAUGCAGAGUUUUGGCUUGACGUUCGAGCACGCGAAUCACUGUAUCAAGAGGCUUGUCUUCUCUCGUUUCUUCCACAAAAUAUGAAUGUGCUUCGGCUAAAAGGCGCUGUGACAAAGGGAUGGAAAGAGGGCGGCCAACUUCGAAUGGCUUUAGAGCUUUGUGAUGACAAUCUUCAACACAUUUUACUUAAAGUAAAAAGCGAUAAAAAGUUCAUCAACCAAUUGUGUCAUCUAUCUAAUGAAGAAGCUGCGAAAUUGAAAACGGCUACAAAAAUGGUUUACCAGCACGAGCGUGGGGACGUCGUGAAACCCUCGAAAUCUGAUCAGCUCACCACCUCAGAUCUUCUCUCAUUCGGCUAUCAGACAUCGCUUGGAAUGCAAUUUUUGUGUUCUUAUCAGUGUCUCCAUCGUGAUCUCGCUCCUCGAAACAUUCUCGUAAAAAGAAUUGACGAUCAAUGGAUUGUAAAGAUCUGCGAUUUUGGACUAGCUAGACAAAUGGAGGAAUCGAUGAACUAUUACCAACAAUUGCGAGGUGCCGCACAACCGGCCAAUUGGAUCAGUCCCGAGGCGUUUCUCUCACAAAAAUUUAGUCCAGCAGCCGAUGUUUGGUCUUACGGUAUCGUUCUCUAUGAACUUUUCACUCUGGGCACAACUCCCUACGGAAACAAGACACGAGAAGAGAUCGAAAAAGAGCUGAAAGCUGAAAACGAGCGCUUAAUCACCACAAGACCCGAGUAUUGCCACGAAGAAUUAUUCAAUUUCUUCGAAAACUGUUGGUAUUACGAUUCGACUCGACGUCCAACGUUUGGAACUUGCGCGGUUCAAUUGGAAAAUCAUCUACAACGAGCAAACCCUGAGCAACUACAACUUUUGCAAAAACUUCUCUUCAUGAAUGAA